UUAAGGCGUUAAUAGCUACUGCCUUGUUUUUCAUGUUUCUCAAACAUUCUCGUCCCCUUGCGUUCCUUUCCAGUCAUGGCGACAUUCUGCAGUCAUCACCAUACGCACCUCCAAUUCCAUCGGUUCCGUUCAUCUCUUUCGCCUACUCUUCACAACCCCAAAACCCCUAGCCUUCCCCGUCGAUUUCCGCCCCUAUUUUCUGGUAAAAUUGGGGUUGUUGCUUUCCGGGGGAAUUAUGGGGAGAGAGAUAGAGGUUCCUCCAUGUGCUGCUUUUGCAAGACCACUGACGUAGAGAAAAUUGCAGUUGAGGAAUCGAACGAAAGGCCUCCGUUUGAUAUCAAUCUUGCUGUCAUUCUCGCUGGUUUUGCAUUCGAAGCAUACACUAGCCCUCCUGAAAACAUGGGAAGGACAGAAGUUGAUGCUGCCGGAUGUAAAGCUGUUUAUCUUUCAGAGUCAUUUGUACGUGAAAUAUAUGACGGCCAAUUGUCUAUAAAGUUGAAAAAAGGUCUCAACUUUCCGGCCAUGGAUCCAUGGGGAACUAGUGAUCCAUAUGUGGUCAUGCAAUUAAAUGGUCAGGUGGCCAAGAGCAAGGUUAAGUGGGGGACGAAGGAGCCUACAUGGAAUCAGGAAUUCACUUUUAACAUCAAGCUGCCCACAAAUGAGAAGCUUCAGGUGGCAGCUUGGGAUGCAAACCUUGUAACUCCACACAAACGAAUGGGGAAUGCUGGCAUUAGUCUUGAGUGUCUUUCUGAUGGAAAUGUACAUGAUGUGCUAGUAGAGUUGGAAGGAAUGGGAGGAGGUGGAAAAGUACAACUAGAGGUUAAGUACAAGAGUUUUGACGAAAUUGAUGAUGAGAAGAAGUGGUGGAGGGUGCCUUUUCUUUCAGAAUUCCUAAAGAAGAAUAAUUUUGAGUCUGCCUUGAAGAUGGUGGUUGGUUCUGAAACUGUACCAGCACGGCAGUUUGUAGAACAUGCUUUUGGGCAGUUGAAGUCAUUCAAUGAGUUGAAUAAUUGGAAGAAUCAAUUGUUAAACGGUUACAAGCAUGGUGAAGAAGGAGUUGGGAAGUCUAAUGAUUCUGUUGCUGUUGCAGAGAUGCUCUCACCGACAGAAAGGAAUCCAGAAACUUUGAAUGACUCGAGCUGCAUCAAAGAGAGAAAUUCUGAAUCUCAUGAUGAUAAUGUUAGCAAGGAUAAUGAAUUCCUCCCUGAGCUAGUGGUGCAAUUUGGUGAUCCCAUACAAUCAGAUAAACAUUUCUGGAAGAACUUUUCUGAUGCUAUCAAUAAAAAUGUUGUUCAGAGUUUUGGUCUCUCUUUCUCAGAUAAGUUAAAAUGGGAUGGGUUUGAUCUAUUAUACAGAAUUGGUUUACAGUCACGAAAGAUUGCAGAAGCAGGCUAUAUUGAAUCAGGGCUUGCAACUCCAGAAGCUAAGGAUGUUGAUCAUGAUAAAGCAAGUAGCCAAAACGCUAUUUCUUCAAUCCAGGCUUCCAUUCCAGAGAUAAAGAAGGCAACGCAGGAUUUAUUACGGCAAACUGAUUCCAUUUUAGGGGCUUUAAUGGUUUUGACUGCAACAGUUCCCCAACAAAACCAGGAAGCAAGCAUACUGGGAAAGAGAGAAUCUGAAGAACGGUCUUCUUCCAAAGUGGAGGAUGGUGCCUCAGGGACUUUGCAGAGAGGAAGAAAGCUCACUAGCUCAGUGGACAAUUUGGUAUUGGAUGAAGACAAAGAUGAGGAAAGGAAAGCACUUUUUUCAACUGCAGAAAGUGCCAUGGAGGCUUGGGCAAUGCUGGCCACUGCCCUAGGCCAUCCGAGUUUUAUCAGAUCUGAAUUUGAGAAAAUAUGUUUUUUAGAUAAUGAAUCUACAGACACACAGGUAGCAAUUUGGUGUGAUUCUUCGCAGAGGCGAGUUGUUGUUGCCUUCAGGGGGACAGAACAAGCUAGAUGGAAGGACUUGCGGACUGAUCUAAUGCUAGUUCCUGCAGGGCUAAACCCUGAGAGAAUUGGUGGAGAUUUCAAGCAAGAAGUUCAAGUACAUAGUGGUUUUCUAAGUGCAUAUGAUUCAGUCAGAAUAAGGAUCAUCUCCAUCAUCAAAUUAUCAAUUGGUUAUGAUGACAGAGAUGACAUUGUUGAGACACUACACAGAUGGCAUGUUUAUGUGACUGGUCAUAGUCUGGGAGGGGCAUUAGCCACCCUACUUGCCCUUGAACUUUCUUCGAGUCAGCUGAUGAAGCGUGGGGCUAUUUCUGUGACUAUGUAUAAUUUUGGUUCUCCAAGAGUUGGUAACAAAAGAUUUGCAGAUGUUUACAAUAAGAAAGUCAAAGAUAGCUGGAGAGUUGUAAACCACAGAGACAUAAUACCAACUGUCCCACGCUUGAUGGGUUAUUGCCAUGUCGCUCAACCUGUUUAUCUUGCUGCUGGAGUAUUAAGAAAUGCCUUUGAAAACACGGAGCUUCUGAAAGACGGUUAUGAAGGUGAUGUGAUUGGGGAGGCCACACCAGAUGUUAUUGUCACUGAAUUUAUGAAAGGUGAGAAGGAACUCAUUGAAAAGAUAUUGCAAACUGAGAUAAACAUAUUUCGUUCUGUCAGAGAUGGGAGCGCCCUUAUGCAGCACAUGGAGGACUUCUACUAUAUCACCCUGCUAGAGAAUGUGAGAUCAUACUACGGAACUGUUCAAAGGCCUCAAAAUAAUGAAAAUAGCAGAAUCUCAGCCGGCUAAGAAGGCUAUGUUGUCUAUAGGCCUGCUGCUGAGCCUCUAUGUGUAUAGCAGAUUGUUGAUCACAAAAUUGCAAGCAGUAUAGUAGAUUGUUUCAGGAAAGACUUACAUCCAGGUUUGUUUUGUCUUUGCACAGAAGUUAUAUUUACAUGUACUUUUAAUUUAUUUGAGUUCUCAUACCUACUGAAUCAUAAAGAGACAUCUUGUUCUCUAAGAGAAUCACAUGAUUUAUGCCUAAUAGUGUAAUGAGUUUUCAUUAACACAAUAAUAAUGUAAAUGCCUUUUCUUUUUGGAUGG